AUGAAGAGUGCUAGGAGAUGUGAUGUAGAUACAAUUAGCAACAAUUUGCCUCGUGAUAUUCUGGACGGAAUUCUAGGGCGCUUGCCUUUGAAAGAUGCAGCGAAGAGUAGUAUCUUGUCGAAAGAUUGGAGGUAUAAAUGGGCCACACGUAAAGAGCUUGAGUUUGAUUAUCACUUUUUCGAGUCGUUUGCACAUUUUCAAGAAGCUAAAACAAUCAUUUAUCAAGUACUCUUACUCCAUAAAGGACCAAUACUGAAGUUUAGACUUGGAGGGUCUAACUUGAUAAGAUUUCGUGAUAUUGAUCAUUGGAUACUUUUCUUGUCAAAGAAAAAUGUCGAGGAACUCACCAUUCGUGUAAGAUCAGACAACGAUUAUCAUUUACCUUCUAACCUUUUUACAUUCGAGAAACUAAGGCUUUUGGAAGUUGAAAAUUGCUUAUUCCACCCUCCACCGGAUUUCAAAGGGUUUAAGAAGCUUGUUAAUCUUGGUCUUCAUUGUGUCACUUUUCUUCCAGACAGUAUUAAGGAAUCUUAUCUCUCAAUGCCCAUUUCUUGA